CAAUGACUCACUUAUGUGUUAGGCACCCGUUGAUUCGCUGGCGUCAGCUGGGUUCGCGUCAAGUGAGUUCCAAUUUGCACAUCGCAGGUCCAGGUUCAACACUGGUCGAAGGUAUUAGAAAGGUCGUAGGACUGACUAUCAGAAAUAUCGCUCCUUACUUCCAUAAAAACCUUUUUUCAUUCCACUUCCAUCAAUUCUACCACAUCAUCCAAAUUCACAAUGGCGCCGCUCGUCUGGCUGAUCACCGGCUGCACAUCUGGCUUCGGCUCACUCAUGGUCCAACAAAUCCUCUCUCGCGGCGACAAAGUUAUUGCAACCGGACGUACGCUUUCUAAACUCUCUUCUCUCCAAGAAUCAGGCGCUGCCGUUCUCCAACUCGAUGUCACAGAUUCCCAGCAAAGCCUGAAUGCCACGAUUGUAAAGGCUAUUGCGAUAUACGGCAGAAUUGAUGUGCUGGUAAACAAUGCCGCGUACAUUCAAACAGGGGCUUGGGAAGACCUUGAGUAUGGCGAGUGGCUUGCAGAAUUCGACGCGAAUGUCCUUGGAGUGAUUAAAGUGACACGAGCCGUGUUGCCGCACCUCCGUGAGAGAAAAGCUGGGACCAUAGUAUUCCUUAGUUCUAGGUCGGGGUGGUACGGUGAUGCAUUUUGCAGUGCUUAUUCCGGGUCAAAGUUUGCGCUGGAAGGUAUUGUAGAAGGUCUACGGUGGGAAACCGAGCAAUUCGGAAUCAAGACCCUCAUGAUAGAACCAGGCCGCUUCCGAACAAAGUUUCUCUCUCCGGGAAACCUGCGCACCAAGCAAUCGCAUAUCCCUGACUACGAAGAAGCGUCCAGAAAUUUCAUUGCGUAUCUGGCGCAGAAUGAGGAUGGGAAGCAACCGGGAGAUCCAUUAAAGGCCGUAGAAAUUAUUCUGGAUCUCGUGAGGAAGGAGGGAGUUGCAGAGGGCAAGGAGGUGCCUUUUAGACUACCCCUAGGCAGAGACUGCUACGAAACAAUCAAGGAGAAGUGUGAGGAGACGCUGAAGUUGUUGAAGGAAUGGGAGGGAGUUUGUACGAGUACGGAUUUGCCGAGAAAAGAGUAAAGGCAUCAGAAUUAGAAGGGUAGAAGUCAG